AUGGAGGCUCUCGAAUGCGAAUCAAUCCCCGGACGACGGAAGUUGGUCCAACGGCUGAGCUAUCUGGUGGUCCCCUCGACGAUAUCAAAGAUGCCCUCUCUGAACCCCUGGUUUUGCGGUGGAAAACUUUGGAAACAAAGUUUGAUGCUCUUCAAACUGAAAAUUUAA